UGACCCCAACAGCUCGCUGGUGAAGCCCCCCUCCGGACAAACAAACUUGUGUUUCACUUUCGCAGCCAUGUCAGUCCGACACCGAGCGUUAACACGACGAACCGCGCGGCCCUUCGCAGCUGCAGUGCUGCAGUGAGUCUGACGGAGAGCGGAGUUUUCAGGCUGAUGACUUAAACGUCUGCUGGAGAGAAGCCUGGUGAAAAGGAGGAUGGAUGGAGUGAGCUGGAGCACCACAAGGACCCCGGAGUCGUUCAGUCGCUCCACGACAGCAACAGACACUCUGUCCCGGCUCGCCAGCUUCAUCGCUCGGGCAGACACCAAACAGCCCACACAGACCCAGAGGCAGCGAUCGUCCCACCUGCACGCUUAUGUUUGUCCAGAGUGUGGCAAGAGUUUCCCGUAUGCAACCGAUCUGUUGCACCACCAAGAAUUAAAACACUCAUUACCCAAACCUCACCGGUGUCCCUCCUGUGGGCAGGAGUUCUCCCUGCGGUCGUCCUUGCAGCUACAUAAGUGCGAUGGUGAUUCCUCUCCGUGUGAACUUUGUUGUGGAGAGUCACGGCGUGGCUCUCCGUGCCCUUCAUGCACGCAUCACACCUCAGAUCCCGGCAGGCCACAGGAAAAUUCCCUUCACCUCCUGGACAGCAGCCCUUACGCAUGUGCUCCCUGUGGGAGAGGCUUCAGCCAGAAGCAGGCCCUGCUGCAGCAUCAGCAGGCUGGCUGCAGUGAACCACCAUCCCCAUCAGAUGGAGUUGAUGCGAGCAGCCUUCCAGAUGAUUCUCCUCCAGUUUCUGAGGGAGACACAACCCGCUCUGACUCCUCAGACACCCCAGGGCCCAGCAGCAGAGCUGUCCGUGUGUGCCAAUUCUGUUCAAGAAGCUUCCGUACAGAGGCUGGUCUGCAACGCCACAAGCGGUGUAACCACUCUGAGGAGCAGUCGAUGGCCCCAAAGCGACAAAAGACCAAAGGAGAACGUACCGGUGGAGAAAUGAGGAAAGAAGAAGAUGACAAUGAAGAUCCAAAUAAAAAUUCCAAAUCCAAAAAGAAGUUUCUGAAAUGUCGCUCUUGUGACAUGGUUUUCAGGAGCACCUCUAAGCUCUACAUGCACAGGAAAGAGAAGCACAGCAGAGAGAAAAGUACUAGGAGAGACCCGAAGCCAGUCGUCAAAAGGCGCUGGAGAGGACAUGGGAAUCCGUGUAAGGUCUGCGGCAAAGUCUUCUUCCAUCAUUUGUCACUUAAGGCACAUUACAGAUGGCACACAACCUCAAGCGUAUCUUCACUCGAUGACAAAGGCGGGUCUGAAGGAAGCACUGCCAAAGACGGGUUACCAGAAAAAAGACCAAACAAUGUGAAAGCCGACUUAAAAGAUACGACGGUAAAGCCUGGACGAGGGAGGCCCAGGAAAGUGCCCAGUUUAGAGAUUAAGGAGAUUGAUGUGAGGAGAUGCAAGGAAGUGCCUGAAGUGAAGGAGGGGGAGGCAGAGGAGGAGGAUGAGGAGGAGGAAGAAGAGAGAGAGUUCCCAUGCCCCUCCUGUGCAGAGGUUUUCUCUCUGCAGUCCAAGCUCUGGGAGCACAUGGAGCUCCACCAGUCGUGUGUGAAGAGAAGGCACUGCAGUGUGUGCACAAACGAGAUGGACACCUGUAAAUGGCCGGGCUCAAAGAGGCACAGGCUGUACCACUGUGUGCCCUGUCAGCAGGGAUUCUCAGCCAUGGACUCUUUCCUAGAACACUGUCAGGAGCACCUGCGAGUCAGGGUGGAGGAGGACAGCCUCACAGAGGCCUACAUGCAGCAGGCCAGGAAAGUCUGACAUCCAGUUUAAAUGUCAUCAGCGAUUUACCUUUUUUGCCUUGAAGGGCCAGAGAGCCGAGAGGGAUGAGGGGGAAUUCUUGUUGAUUAACCAGUUCAUUCACUGAGCGCUCAGAGCAUCUGGCUUUAAUUGGUCCACGGAUUUAAUUUAAUUUAUUCACACCAACAUAGCAAAGGUUGAAGAAAUUGGUUGAUAAAGGCCGAUCCCAGAGUCUAUUAGUAUAAAUCAAAUUUACUUAAUCAUUUUUCUAAAUAAUUCUUUAAUUCAAUAUUAUUUCUAAUGUUUUCUAUAGUGGCCAUUUAGUUACUGUUUAAUGCUAUCGCUGCAUGUUUUUGUAUUUGAAAACUGAAGAUUGAUGUUGUGUCUGUGGGACAGAUCUCAGACAGGACCAGUUGUUCUGUUGGGAAAUUGAAUGACCCUGGAAGCUAAUGUUUUCCCAAAAAUUACAAAAGGGAUACUGUGUAUGUUGUUAAGCAGCCAUCUCCAAAGCUGUUUUCAGACAGAUAGACUUCUUUGUCGGUGUCUUCUAUGUGUAUGGCAUUUUCAUCCUGAAACAUUUGUAUCCUUUUUGAUUUAUUCAUUUUUUCCCCCAUUUUUGCAUCUGUCGUCAUUAACAGACACUCCCUGUGAAUCCUGCGAAGGAUCCUCCUGACUUCUCACUAGGGGACUGACCGGCUCUCACUCUGACAAUUGCGAUUUCACAUCCAGCCCCCCAGAGAAUGUCAGUAGAUUAUCUGGAGUUAAUUGUAUGUCUGAAAACAGCUUCCUGAGUUUCAGCUUCAUUACAACAUAUAACUAACAACAUUUUGACGAAACAUAAAGCCAACACGUUCACUGAGAUGGAUCACCUAUGUGUAAAGUUGUCUACAGGUUUUUUUGUUUUGUUUCUCUAUUAUUCUUAGCGAAAUACACUGAAAUUUGUGGUAGUGUGAUAGGCUAAAGAAAAUUGCCAAAACAACAGUGUGAUUCUUAAAUAGUCUGAAUCUGACAUGGGAAUGAUCCUAAUGACAGAUUUCCCUGUUGAUUUACAUUUAGACCUGUUGACUAAUCUGAAAGUAAUAGAAAUGAGGAAAGAAGUCAAAGCACUGCCAGAUGUGUUGUUUGCCAUUACUUGUUUUCAUGUCAUACAGGGUCAUGGUCGAGCCUGGUUAAUAUUUGUGUGGUAUUUGCAAGAGCGAUACCAGAAGGGGAAAUGUAAAUUGAGCAUUUUUAUGCACUGUUUCAGCUAUUCUUUGAAAUCCACAUGGCUGACGCAGAUAAUUUUACCCAGCCCAAUGCCUCUCAAUAUGGCCUGCCUUUUUAGCUGGCUUAAACUCUGGUAAUAUUACCUCAAUAUGCAAAAUGAUAGACCAUUGGUCUGUGGGAUGAGUAAUGCGUGUGCUUGGUUAAUGAAAAGGAUCAACAGGAAUUUUUCUUUAGUUUGUUUGUUAUAAAGGGUUUUCAGCUACUGUUUUCAAAGAGCUACUGUGAAAAUAUAGAAAAUCAGUUAAUAGUUUUGGAAUCUUCCACUUUUUCAAGCUCUUUUUGUUUGACUCUUUGUAGAUAAAUAUUAUUAUUAAAACGUAUCAAAAACUG